AUGGACGCGCAGUAUCCCUUUGCCUCCCGAGACGAUAUCUGGCGUGUCUUUGACGAGUUGAAGGAGCUCCACCUCACCCAAUUUGAGCAAGGAGAGCGCCUCGCCCAGCUGGAGCGACGUCGCGACGAGGAUGCCCGACUGAGAAGUCCAUGGGCAUCUGCAUCGCCUUUUCCCACAUCCGUUGGAGCGAUCACACCAGGUAGCCCAGUUCUACCCUCCGGAAUCAGUUCACCACUGAACAAGCCCAUCAUCAUAGACCCCGCCUUCCACUCCCCACCAGACGCUUUCAAAGGCUUUGACCAGGCUCAUCCUUCCACAAUGACUAACUCCGCGGUCGGAUUUGAUGGCGAUGACGAGCCCCGACGGGGUGCUUCCCGCGCCAACAGCGUGCGUUUUGAUGAAAGCGCCCUCCAUGGAUACGGUCAUACAAACCGUAAUAGCAGCGACCUACCUUCUCGGACCGGUAGUGGACUGAGCUCACAUCCGCUUCUUGAGCGCACCUUCUCUCACCAAUCCGAUGGAAGACUCAGUUCUUCCGGCUACUCACACCAGUCCGCCCGAACCAACAGCCUACGUUUGAAUACUGCCCGGCUUUCGGGGUCUACGCCAAUCGAGUCGCCUCUGAUUCCACCACCUGGACUUUUCUUGCUAGGUCCAGUGCCCUCAAUCAUUCGUUGCUGGUUGACUGAGGAUUUCACAAAUGGCUCACUUCUCUAUGCUGCCGUUUGCACCGGCUCUUACUUCUCAAGCGUAAGUCUUUCCAUGAUCCGCAAUCUUGGGAUGGAGGACUUGAUUGUGCGCGAGGACGAUGUGCAUUACAUCAAGCUCCCGCUUUACCUCCCUGAGGCUGUCAUCCAUCCUUGUUCCUCACGCCCCGAAACACCUACCCACCAAGUUCCCGCGGUGCCCGUGCGCUUCGUGAUUCGUGAAGGAGAGCCUACCGACCAGUCCAUUCAAAUAAUUAUUGGAAGUGAUGUGCUACGUGCUCAAAAUGCAGACAUUUUGUUCUCCCAGGAUAAGCUCAUCAUGGUCGACAGUGAGCACUACCGAAUCUCGGUUCCUCUUGUGCGCCCAGAGAACGACACGGUUUUCAAGAAUCUGUACACUGCUCCAUGCACCUCUGGGUCUCUGUCUGGGUCUGUGACCUCACAGUCCUCUUCUGACAAUGGUAACACCCCUGUCGGUGUUAUUGGCCGCCCCAUUAAUUCCCAGGAAGAGCCAGCCCCGUCUUCCAAAACCCCUUCUGGUGGAAUUGAUAGCAACUCCAAGCCUAGCCAAACCGCCCAACCAAGCCCGGUCAAAGCACCAACUUCGGAAAAUCGCCCUGUCACUACCAGUGCCCCGACUUCCGAGACCAAAGAAGACAUACCCACUUGGAGUAGCUGGCGUCGCGAAGCCAAGAGAACAUACACAGCUCCGAAGCCCGACAAGCGCGAGAUGAAAGUCUUCCGACCUGCCAAGUUAACCAACCGCGCGUAUUCAAGCACCUCGACCUCGACUUCCGCUGGUCCCAGUUUUGAAAACGCCAAAUCUCCACCCGCCACCCCACACCCAACAACGUCUCCUGGCAAGGGCCUUAAUCCUGUUGGUGGCGCGUCGGCAUUUGGAUGGCUUAACCCGGCCCUCAACCCGGUCACUCGUGGCGUCUAA